UUAAAAUGUAACUUUUUAUAACUUUCCAAACAACCCCAAAAAACGAAAAAAUGAAAAGCAAAUAUUAGAUAAAGCAGGAAUCUGUAAAGCCCGCAAAAUUUAAAAUAUUACAUAACAUGGUGCAACUUUUUGCUAAAAAUAAUGACUAAUCUUCAUGAUUUCGCAAAAAAUGGAAGGAAAAUAAUCGGAAUCGCAGCUAAUUAUCAUGAAUUGCUAAAAAUAUUGAAAAAACCUGUGCCCAAAAAGCCAGGGAUUUUUAUAAAGGCCUCCACAUCUUAUUUAGUUGAGGGCGAAGAAAUAUGGAUUCCAAAAGAAUUUUCUGUGAACCAAGAGGUAGAAUUAGGUGUAAUAAUUGGUAAAGAAGGUAAAUUCAUAGAUGAAUGUCAGGCUAUGGAUUAUAUUGGUGGAUAUUGUGCAUCUCUGGAUAUGACAGCAACUUGCCAAAUGAUUCCAAAAGAAUUUUCUGUGAACCAAGAGGUAGAAUUAGGUGUAAUAAUUGGUAAAGAAGGUAAAUUCAUAGAUGAAUGUCAGGCUAUGGAUUAUAUUGGUGGAUAUUGUGCAUCUCUGGAUAUGACAGCAACUUGCCAAAUGCAAGAGGCCAGAAGCACUGGUGGAUCAUGGACACUGGGUAAAAGCUUUGACACUGCCUGUCCAGUAAGUAAAUUUAUCCCAAAAUCAAAAGUACGUGAUCCACACAACAUUGAAUUAUGGUGUUCAGUGAAUAGUAAAGAACGGCAACGAGGCAACACCGACGACCUGGUUUUUAAAGUCCCGUUUUUAAUUAGUUAUAUUUCCCAGUACAUGACAUUACAACCAAACGAUUUGAUCAUUACUGGGAGCCCUCCUAAUAUGGGACCUGUUCACCCUGGUGAUGUUAUUGAAGGUGGAAUCAAAGAUGUUGUCGAUUUUAGGUUUUGCGUGGCUAAGAACUUGUCUUAAACUAAGAUUAUAAUAAACAUUCUGUAAAUUAAAUCUAAAUUUUUUUGAGUUGACUAUCCUGUCGAAUGUAUCCUUGAGAGUUUCU